GCAUGUGCGAAGGUGUCCAAACUGACAAUGCUCGUGAGAUGAAGAUAGCGCUGCUGCAGCUUCUGAGCUCAAGGAGGACGCGAGGAAUCUACAAGCCGACAAGAUGAGAUCCAAAGCGAGGGCGAGAAAACUGGCCAAAAAUGACAGUGAGGGAGUAGACCGCACAUACAGCACAGAAGCUAAUCUCAUGACCGGCGAAAGUGCCGAAGAGGAAACAGAAGACAGCAUCAUGUCCCUCAUUCCAGUGGGACCCUUGUCCCCUCAACCCUGCAAUGAGGACUUCACUCCUAAAGAGGGCUCACCCUAUGAGGUGCCUGUCUACAUUCCAGAUGAUAUUCCCAUCCCUUCCGACCUGGAACUCAGAGAGUCAUCUGUUCCAGGGGCUGGCCUUGGAAUCUGGGCCAAAGCCAAAAUUCGGAUGGGAGAAAGCUUCGGACCAUACAAUGGACUGCAGAGCGCCACGGUCAAAGACACGACUUAUGGGUGGGAGCAAAUGCUGAAUGAUCAUGAAGCGUCAUCUGAAGACAGCUGUAUUAAAAAGGUGAUGGACAACAUCGGAAAUGUGAAGUUCUCUUUGGAUGGAGCUCUGGAGGUCAGCGGUAGCUGGCUUAAAUACGUGCGCACAGCAACUUCCAACCAAGAGCACAACCUGACUGUGUGCCAUAUAAGUGAAGAUCAGAUAUAUUAUAAAGCUGUAAGAGAAAUUGAAAUAGGGGAGGAGUUACUAGUUUACAUGAAGGACGGAGUUUUCCCGGAAGGCUCAAUGGCACCGAACAUGGAAGAUGAGCAGAUGUACCGCUGUGAGCACUGUGAUGAGCUCUUCACCUCAAAGCUAGAUUUACGGCGACAUCAGAAAUACUCGUGCAGUAGCUGCAACUCCAUCUUUGAUUCACUAAGUGAAGACUUCAAGCAGGAACUUGAGGACAGUGAUGAGACAGUGCAUGAGUGCAAAGACUGUGAAAAAAUCUUUCCUAGCGAGUACAGUCUUGGGCAGCAUAUGAUCGUACACACAGAAGAGAGAGAGUAUAAGUGUGACCAGUGUCCCAAAGCCUUCAACUGGAAAUCGAACCUAAUUCGCCAUCAGAUGUCACAUGACAGCGGCAAACGCUUUGAGUGUGAAAACUGUGAUAAGGUGUUCACAGAUCCCAGCAACCUACAGCGUCACAUCCGUUCUCAACAUGUCGGCGCCCGAGCCCACACCUGCCCUGAAUGUGGCAAGACCUUUGCCACAUCCUCAGGACUCAAGCAGCACAAGCACAUACAUAGCAGUGUCAAGCCUUUCAUCUGUAAGUCUGAGCAGUCUUGUCUAAGCCUCAGAUACAAUUACCACUGUCCAAAGAUCUCCUGCCUAGCUCCACACCAAGACUGUGACAGCUGUUGUUUAAUAGGUGAGGUGUGUCACAAGUCGUAUACCCAGUUCUCUAACCUGUGCCGUCACAAGCGGAUGCAUGCAGACUGCCGCACACAGAUCAAGUGCAAAGACUGUGGGCAAAUGUUCAGCACUACCUCCUCCCUCAACAAGCAUCGGCGCUUUUGUGAGGGCAAGAACCAUUACAAUCCCGGAGGCAUAUUCACACCGGGCAUACCAAUUACCUCUAGUCCUAUCCUAGGCAAGUCCAAGUCUCAUCCCAGCCUGAACCAUGGUGGACUUGGCUUUGGUGAUUAUUUCCCAUCCAGGCCGCAUCAUGGGGGGCUUCCCUUUUCCACAGCACCCCCUGCAUUCCCAGCCAUUUCACAUGGCUUUCCAGGGAUCUUUCCCCAUUCACUAUAUCCUAGACCGCCAUUGUUACCUCCAAGUCCACUUCUAAAGAGUCCACUUAGUAAUAACCAAGAUGGAAAGCUGCCUUCUCUUGAUGCCCCUACUUUUUCUGUGGCGUCAUCCAUAAACAACAGCAAUGGCAACAUAGGAAGUGGUCUCAGCAGCCAGUCAGAGGAAAAUCGAGAGUCCAGACUGGAGUUGUCAUUCACGGACAGCAGGAAUAAAGUCAAGAGUAAUGACAUGUCUGAUGGUAGUGACUUGGAUGAUGUUAACACAUCUAGUGGCACGGAUCUAGACACUACCACUGGUACAGUGUCUGGAUCAGAUCUUGAAAGUGAAGCAGAGAGCGAACGAGACAAGAGCAGAAGGAAAGGAGUGCAGGAGAUCAAGCAGAGUGAGGUCAGCAGCAGUUCAAUGUCGGUCUCCAGUUCAGGGAACCUCCCUUGUGAGCGCCCUUUCCUCUCCUCCCAGCAUUCCUUUUUCCCACCACCAGAAGAGCAAGCACUGCCACCUUCUGGUGCCACCACUGACUCUAUUAAAGCCAUUGCCUCCAUUGCAGAAAAGUAUUUUGGUCCAGGCUUCAUGGGCUUGCAGGAGAAGAAGAUGGGCUCCUUAAAUUAUCAUUCCAUGUUCCCAUUCCAGUUUCUUCCUAACUUCCCUCAUUCCUUGUACCCAUUCACAGACAGAGCACUCAAUCCUGGAAUGUUUUUCAAACCUGAGCCUAAAUCCCCUCGUGAACACAUACAGAAAUUAACUACAUCCACAAGUGAAGAUUCACCAUUUGAUCUAACCACCAAACCCAAGGAGGUCAAACCUCUUCCUCCACCCCCUAUCAAACCAGCCUUGCCAUGCAAUGCAAUCCUGACCUACGGGGAGGAACAACCUCUGGACCUCAGCAUAGGCAGUCGAAGCCGAUCCAGCCACAAUGGUGGCACACCUGACCAUGGCAAGAAUCAAGUCUAUGGCACAAACUGCAAAGCAGCAUCUAAAGAUGAACACCCAGCACUGACUCAGUCACAGAACUUACACCAAUCUCAAAUGCCUCAGCCCCAUGCACCCCUCACCCAGCCACCUCCUCCCCAGCAGCAGUCAUCACUUCACUACGCCAAGCCUUCUCCAUUUUUCAUGGACCCUAUCUACAGCAGGGUGGAGAAAAGGAAGCUAAUAGACCCAGUAGGAGCUCUUAAGGACAAGUACUUGAGGCCUGCACCACUACUUUUCCAUCCUCAGAUGUCUGCAAUGGAAAACAUGACUGAGAAGUUGGAAAGCUUUAGCACUCUGAAACUGGAUCCUCCCAAUUCCCACCAGCACUCCUCACAUCACCUUUUUAACUUCCGCUCCCCACCGCCCUCUCUUUCUGAUGCUAUCUUACGCAAAGGCAAAGAGCGAUACACCUGCAGGUACUGUGGGAAAAUCUUUCCUAGGUCAGCUAAUCUUACAAGGCACUUACGAACACACACUGGAGAACAACCCUACAGAUGUAAAUAUUGUGACCGUUCAUUCAGCAUCUCCUCCAACCUACAGAGGCAUGUUCGUAACAUUCACAACAAAGAAAAGCCUUUCAAGUGUCACCUCUGCAAUCGCUGCUUCGGUCAACAGACCAACCUGGACCGCCACUUAAAAAAACACGAGCAUGAAAAUAUUCCAGUGAGUCAGCAGUCUGGCAUUCUCUCGAAUUUAGGAACAAAUAUUUCCUCACCAAAUUCUGAGUCUGACAAUCAUGCACUUUUAGAUGAGAAGGAGGACUCAUAUUUCUCAGAAAUUAGAAACUUCAUAUCAAAUAGUGAGCUGAACCAGGCCUGUAGCUCCUCAGAGAAAAGGACAGAGCCGGAAGAGGAGGACCAUCCGCAGACUCACACUAAUGCUUCCUCCAAACUGGAGGAAGAGGAGAUAGAGGGAGAUGAUGAAGAUGAGGAAGACUCAUUGACAGAAAAGUCACAGGAUGAGAUUGCUUCCCCCGCCACUAUGGUGCAGGGCACCUAUGAAGACGAUGAGGAACCUGCUUCGCUCCCUAUGUCCUAUGAACACACGCGCAGGUGUAUUGAGGAGAAUGCAGGUCUGUUAGAUCUGGAACCUCUGCCUGGUAUCCCCAAAGGCCUGGAAUUCCAUAAGACUGGGGAGGAGCCGUGUAAUAUUAAAGACAUUUUUAACACCUCAGUACAGUCGGAGACAUUGAAAGAAACACUAUUCAGGCAGGCUAAAACCCAGGCUUAUGCAAUGAUGCUCUCGCUGUCUGAGAACAACACCCUGCAUGCAUCCUCACAGAACUCUUUGGAUGCCUGGCUCAACAUGGGAGGAGGCUCAUCGGAAGCAAGCUCCUUUCACCCCCUUAACAACAUCUAAAACGAAGAAAGAUCCGAAUAGUUAGAGGGAGAAAGAGAGAAGGGGAAGACACGGACACGGAGAAGCUUCAAAACGGGCCUGUAAAGACCAGUGAACCACCAGUAUGCGUGUCAGGAGGAGUGGGCUGUAGAGGUAGCAGACUAUAUUGUCGAGUGAAACAGACACAGGAACCAGUCAUAGAUGGGAGAUUUUCUUUCAAGAACGGCAUCACUGAAUUCCUGCUCUACAACAUAUUUAGUGUCUACAACUAACCACUAUAGUUCUCUCCUCAGGAGCUCAAUUCAAAGGGGACACUGACUCUAAAAUCACCUCUCCACCUCAUUUUUAAUUUGCAUUUAACACAGACUGUAUAGUUUAUUUAACAUAUUCCUGAAGACCCUGGUUCAAGUUCGAGAUAACCGGGAGUUCCCUUCUUUGUGGAGUUUGUCUGGUCUCCCUGUGUUGCUAUGGGUGUCCUCCAGGUACUCCCAGUUCUAAAACAUGCUGGUCUUCAGUUUAAUUAUGAUUUCUGAAUUGCCCAUAGGUGUAGGUUAGCGUGUGGAUGUCUUGUUAGUCCUGUAAUGGACUGUCCACCUGAUCUUGGCCCAAGAUCACUGGGAUACAGCACUCACUGUGACCACAAACUGGAAUAAGCAGAACAAAGAAUCGAUGGAUGUUUCCGUACAGAAAAGUUUCAUACAAUUUUAAUAUUAAGCACUUAAGCGUUAACUUCCCCUUGAAAAUGAGUGCUGUUUACAAUAAAAACCACUCUAAUGUUUAUGCUGGAAAUCAUUGGGAAACCUUUGCGAUUUUUCUUAACUCUGACAAUUUUGUCACAUCCCUUCAACAGUUAAAUAAAAGCAGCAUGUUUGUUUCGAGUGUAUAGCAUUAUUAUUGUUAUGGUUAGUAUUUUAGCUGUAUACAGAAGUCCAGAAGGGUGUUUUAGGGUUAAAUUAUUCUCAAGUGAUGGCAUUUAGAUAUCUUACCUUCCCCUUUCUUUAAUUUAGUAUCUCUUUUGUAUGUUUUCCUUGACAAACAGUAUUGUUUCUUUUCAAGUGCAUAUGUGCUUAAAUGUUAAUAUAAUUCACCCGUGAAGGACCAAAUUUGUACAAUAUUGUUGUGUGAUGUAAAAAAUAAGUUAACAUUUUGUAGCAGAGUUUUGCGUGCCAAAUAACUCAGUUUUCUUUGACAAUCAUUUUUUUCCUGUCACUUCACUGUCAGUAGUUAUUCUUCUGUUACUUUCAUUUGAUGAGUGUGUGUCUUUUAUUUAUUUUUCUUUUAUUUUUUAUGAAAAAUGAAGAAAAAUGGUUCACCCAAUGUUUAAAGGAAUGAAAUUACUGAAAAUUGUGAUUUUUUUUGUUGUUGUUCUUUGGAAAUAGAGAAAAAAAUGGUUUUGCCAAAAUCUGAUUUAAAAAGCAAUGAAUUUCAUUAAUGAGCACAUAAUCUUAAGGCCAGUCUAUUAAAGCAUUUAGAAACGUAGGGUGAUAAACCCAUAAAAUACUACACAGUAUAACAUCUUAAUAAUGCAAAUGAAAUGAAUUAACAAGGAUCUCUUGGUUUAAACUGCAUGAUUCAAAAGAAGAGCCAUACAGUACUGUACACAUAAUAUUGUAAAUAUUACAAACAGGAAGCAUUUGAACCGACUACAUAAGUUUAAAUGCAUCACAGAAAAGACUCCACAAGCGAAAGGUGAGCAGCUCGACUCCACGGUUGUCCUCUUCCAUAAACAAAUAUAUGCGAGAACUCACCAAAAUCCGAACUGUGAAGCCAGUAAAUAAAUCGUAAACAACUGAUAAAUAAAAUGAAUGUGUAGAGUAGAUGAAAUAUUUGGGUAAUCAUCACUUCCUCAGAAUGGAGCGUUCUCUUGAAUGUCUUUUAGGGUCAAGAUUUUUUUUUACUUUUUAUACUACUACAUCACACACAUCUUUCUUCUAUAAUUUAGGGUUAUUGCUUAAAUUGCUAAUAUUGAUCCUAACACAGAUUAUCUACCACUCAGAGAGUGCAUUCUUGGAGACGGAGCUUAAAGUGCACCCACAGAAACUUAUAUUUGCCUAGUUCUUACUGUCCCUUAGUAAGUUCCGAAAACUGCUUUUCUUGGACAGGCUGGUUGUUACAAGCACUUUAGCUUAUGGGUCAACAAAGGCAUAUUAUUAACACUAAAGUAUAAAAGAGCUUUGUCGGCUUUGAUCAAGCCACAUAAAAUACUUUUACAGACCCAGACACGUGAAAUUGGCACACAGUGGACAAACUUGGAGCAGUGUGAUAUUUUCAUGCAACACCAGGUGGUGCUCUGCAUUGUUUUAAAAUGUAUAAUACUGUAUCGCAUCGCAGUUAUUUUCUCAGACCUGGGUCAAAGCCUUGUUUGAUGCAUUAGAAUGCUGGACAUGUCAUGAAAUUUAAAGUACUGAGAAGGUCAUGUCACUUACUACUGUACUUAGCAAAAGCUGAUGGAAAACGAAUUGAUCCAUUGAUUGUUAAAAUCAUCAUGAACAAAUGGUUAAAAAUAAGCUUACGGUUGUUAUUCUUAGCCCACUGUUACAUUAUAAACAAUUGUAUUGUAUUAAAAAAGAAAAACAGAUAAAAUGGUUCUCUACAAAGUGUAUAGCUCUUCAAAAAAAAGACAUUAAAAAAGAGAAUUCAUUUUAAACAUGGGUUUCAAAUAGAUGGUGCUUGUUUAAUUUGGAUUUGAGUUAUUAUUGCUUAUGUUUAUAAAAAAUGUUGUGCAUGACUUGUCUUAUAGAGGUCAUAAUGGUGUCCAUUUGUGAAAUGUGUAUCUUAAAUUAAAAACAAAAUGAAUCAAAAAAACAAUUAUGAAUUUGUAGCUGCACUUAUUGUUCAUGUGGUUAGGUUAGCAGGUUUCAAAUGUUCUGUUUACUGCCUUACUAUGGGGCAGAUGCUUAUUAAACUGAACAAUAUGCUUGUGGGUGAGAAUUAAUGACACAAUUUAAGGAUUGUAGAAUAAUACUGAAAUUCUAAAAUUCUUUUUUAAGCUUGUGAUUACUGAAGAUGUACUUUAGAGCAAUUUCAAGGACAAGACAUGAUUCUGAUGUUAAUUCUAUAGAAUAGAUAUGUAUACCAAAUGUAAUCUUUGCAAUGCUAUGAAGAAUUUAUACAUGAAAUUGAUAUGCAAUAAAACCUGUGUGCUUUUU